GCCACUGACAAAAACUAAUUCGCACGUCUCUGUCUCUCUGUAAUCGCCGGAGAUGGAGAGCCUCGCACUUCACUCUCUCUCCACAACCGCCACUUCCGCUUCACUCUCCCACCACCCCUCCCGCCUCUCUCUCCUCCGCCGCAUCUCAUCGAGAUCUCCGCCUUCCUCCAUCUCCCUCCGAUCUCCCUCCUUCCAGCCUCUCGCCUUCCCUCUCCUCAAACCAAUCCAUCGCCUCUCCACACGAAUCUCCGGAGCACCCUCCUCCCCUCCUCCUCCUCCGUCUCCUUCUUCCUCUCAACCGCCACCGCCGCAAGGAGCAAAACUAGUCCCUCUAAUCCUCUCCCUCUCCGUAGGCCUCCUCCUCCGCUUCGCCGUCUCCGUCCCCGAAGGAGUCACCCCGCAAGGCUGGCAACUCCUCUCCAUCUUCCUCUCAACAAUCGCAGGCCUCGUCCUAAGCCCUCUCCCCGUAGGAGCAUGGGCCUUCAUAGGCCUAACGGCCUCCAUCGUCACCAAAACGCUGUCGUUCUCAGCGGCUUUCUCGGCAUUCACGAGCGAGGUCAUCUGGCUCAUCGUCAUCUCCUUCUUCUUCGCUCGCGGGUUCGUUAAAACGGGUCUGGGAGAUAGGAUCGCUACUUACUUUGUGAAGUGGCUUGGGAAGAGCACUUUGGGUUUGUCUUAUGGGCUUACGAUUAGUGAGGCCUUGAUUGCUCCCGCCAUGCCGAGUACCACGGCUAGAGCUGGUGGCAUUUUUUUGCCGAUUAUUAAGUCGUUGUCGCUGUCGGCUGGGAGUAGACCUGGUGAUGCUUCUUCCAGGAAACUUGGGGCGUAUCUGAUCCAAAACCAGUUCCAGUGUGCUGGAAACUCUAGUGCUCUUUUCUUGACUGCAGCAGCUCAAAACUUGCUGUGCCUCAAGUUAGCCGAGGAGCUUGGAGUAGUGAUUGCAAACCCGUGGGUUUCUUGGUUUAAGGCAGCUAGUCUACCUGCAAUCAUAUCACUUCUCUGUACUCCACUAAUCCUCUAUAAGCUUUAUCCUCCAGAGACCAAGGACACACCUGAUGCUCCUGGUAUUGCUGCAUUGAAACUCAAACAGAUGGGCCCUGUUACUAAAAACGAAUGGAUCAUGGUCGGUACAAUGCUUCUUGCCGUCACUCUUUGGAUUUGCGGAGAGACUCUGGGAAUACCAAGUGUUGUAGCUGCAAUGAUUGGUCUUUCCAUACUUCUUCUCCUUGGUGUACUCAACUGGGACGAUUGCCUUAGCGAAAAAUCAGCAUGGGACACAUUAGCUUGGUUUGCUGUCUUGGUGGGGAUGGCGGGACAGCUCACGAACCUCGGUGUUGUGUCGUGGAUGUCUGAUUGUGUAGCCAAAGUUUUACAGUCUCUCUCCUUGAGCUGGCCUGCUGCGUUUGGUCUUUUACAAGCAGCUUACUUCUUCAUUCACUACCUUUUCGCGAGCCAGACUGGUCACGUUGGAGCUCUCUUCUCAGCUUUCUUGGCUAUGAAUAUAGCAGCAGGUGUUCCAGGCAUAUUAGCUGCACUUGCUUUAGCGUAUAACACGAAUCUUUUUGGUGCUUUGACUCAUUACAGUAGUGGCCAAGCCGCUGUCUACUAUGGAGCGGGUUAUGUUGAUCUACCUGAUGUAUUCAAGAUUGGGUUCGUGAUGGCUACCAUUAAUGCGAUCAUCUGGGGAGUAGUUGGAACUUUCUGGUGGAAGUUCUUGGGUCUCUAUUAAGAACUAUUAUUGAUAUCAACAGAAGCUGCUUGUAACGAUUUGAUCAUUUGUUUUCGAGGGUGUUUUUUUUCAUGAAAAACACGUUAACCCUCCAGUUUUUUUUUUUGUCAAUAACCCUCCAGUUAAUUCUCUAUCACUUUCAUUUUGUUAGUACCGUAACAAUCAAGAAACUACUAAAACAAUGAUA